AUGCCUCGCGCAAGAGCUUCAAAGCCUUCAUCAUCCUCUGCUUCAUCUUUGCAAAAUAGUCGCGUAUUAAAGCUCAACAACAGAACUGAAAAGAAGAAGGAAAUUUCCACUCCCACCAAAAAGAAAGAUAGAAAGAGUAAAAAGAAACAACAAGAAUUUUCGAAGGGAGACGUAAAAGAGGAUUCCACCCCAAAAGAUGAAAAAAAAGAAAGAAAACUACUGAAAAGGAUGAUUAUUCCACUCCAAAGAAUAAGAAAUCCAAAAAAAUCAUUGGAUGACUCAAUAACUGUUCCACGUGAUCGCAAAGUGGACUUUUUCAAAUACAUGGUAACAGCUUUGGGAAUUUCGUUGUCUCCAGCUUCAACUUGUGAUGCAAUUCAAGAAACUUCUAUUUUUAAGAAUUGUAAGGACAUUUUGAAAGCUCUCUCGAAUGAAAAUCUAAGUUUCUCCGUUGAUACUUUGAAGAAAUUGGCCAAAGAGUUAAAUGUUCCAUAUCAGAGGUGUAGGAUGUUGAUCUUAGUUUCCCGAGCAUUGCAUCCAAAACAAUUUGUUCCUGUGUUUUCUUCUACUCCUCCAGAGAUGAGUUUAUGUGGACCUCUUUUUGAUCCACUUUUUGAUUUUUGUGCUCUAUUUGAAAAUUGUAACAGAAAUAGGUAUGUUUCAAAUGAAAACCAUCAUCCAUGGUCUUAA